GACGCCAUGUUUGCUUUGUGCCACAAAGGAGGGGGAAUGGCGGUUCCAUAAUCUACUUGAGUUAUCUGCCUGAAGUACACAACCAUGGCCAGUGGGUUGUUAUCGUUGAAGUGGAACAACCACCGAAGCACUUUCUUCCAUGUCCUCUCCACUAUAAGGAGCAAGGAAUCCUAUUGUGAUGUGACUAUUGCCUGUGAUGGAAAAUUCUACCCAGUCCACAAACUGGUUUUAUCAACAUGUAGUGAUUACUUUGAACAGAUGUUUGAACGGACAAACUGUAAACAUCCAAUAAUAGUGUUAAAAGAUAUUAGACAUGAAGAGUUAGAGGCCCUCUUGAACUAUAUGUAUGUAGGUGAAGUGAAUGUAUUACAGAAUGAACUAGCUGGACUAAUAAAAGCAGCUGAGUGUUUAAUGAUAAAAGGCCUUGCAGUACCUGAUGAAGCUCCUUCUAAAGAUAGUAAAGAAAGUAAAAGAAGUUCUGGUUGUAGAGAAGAUAGUCCCUUGGCUAAAAGAAGAAAAAGAGAUGAGGAACCUAGACCGCUGCCUUCUCAGAGCCAACAGAGAGAAAGUAGGGAAUCUGCAACAGUCAGCUCACAUCAAACCCAAAGACAGUCAGCUAGUGCCUCCAUCCCAACUCCUUCCCCUGCUGCAUCGAGAACUGCUCCCACGCCCAUCUCUCCUUCCCCAUCCGUUGGAAGUGCCUCUGAAUCAGUGUCAGAGGAUUGUAGUCAAAGUCACAGUGAAGGCAAUGAACACUCCAAUCUCCCCAAUGCACAGGAUCCAAAGCAUCGGGGGAGUGAACAUGCAUCUAGUCAGUCACAACAGGCUGUACCUGAGGUUAUUUUAGAUGAGCCUGGUGUCAAAGAAGAGCCUCAAGAUGUUGAAGAAGAAGAAGUAACGGAAACAAAGGAGAUUUUAGAAUCUCAAUUUUCAUUUGAUCCUCUUAAUGAAGGUGAUUCUCGUACUGAUCCAGGAGGAGGAAGUGGGGGGCCUCAGGGGUUUGAUCCUCAGAUGCUUGCCUCACAACCUCAGUCUAUGGAAGAUCUAGUUGCUCAAGCCAUUCCAGGCUCCUCUGGUUUACAGGGGAACUCAGUUUCCCUUUGGGAGGGAGAUGGAAGUCUCCAAAGCUUUCCUAUGGAAGGCUUUACUGGAGAUGCAUCACGGCCACCCCAGAUGGCAUGCCAUGAGGGAGGCGUGAGUGGCAAUAGAAUGCCGUCUUCGGCAGGGUUUACGCCCGGUGGGAAGAUCCUGAGGCUCACUUGUCCAGUUUGUGGACGUUCCAGUCGAGACAGCUACGACCUGAAGAAACAUAUUCGUACCCAUACUGGGGAGAAACCUUAUGCCUGCCCACACUGCCCAUAUCGAGCAACAACUAGUAGUAGCAUCAAAUCACAUAUGGACCGUCAUCAUUGGCAUCAGUGCUAGAUUGUUUCUCAUUCUGGAGCCUUCAAGUAACAAGCAUAUAACGUAUUACCAUUAUUGGAAAUUACGGUCAUUGCCUCAACACGUUGAACGACCAAAAAUGAUAAUAAUAAUAAUAAUUUUAAACACAUUAGAUAAAAAUGACUAAUGUCUCUGGAAUUCAAGAAAGUAACACAGUUACUGUACAGUAUAAGGAAAUUAUGAUUAUUUUAGGAAAACUUAUGCAACUUAUUUUUUCUUUACUUUACCUUUAUUUGCAUACAGUAAAGGUAUUAAUUUAACAGACUUUUAUUUAAUGUUUUCUCUAGUUGCAGUUUACAUAAAAAUAGAAGAGGAGCAUCAACUGUCACAAAUGUAAUACUAUACUAUACAGUAUAUAAAGUACUGUACUGUACUGUAAUACAUAUGAAGGAUAAAUGAAGAUAUCAUUUCACACUACACUAAAUUGUGAAAGUGAUGUUGAAAAAGAAAUUUCUCAAACUGUUAAAAGACUGUUUUUCAUUAAGGUGCACUUGUACUGUACAGUAUAGAGGAAAAGCUUGUGGAGAAAGUGUGAGGGUAGAGGAGGAAAAGGUGAGAGCAUCAUACAGUAAAGCAAGGGGUUUUAAGAUGUGACUGGUAACUUUUUUCAGAAAAAGAUGUGUGUAUAUGCCAAACCAUGAACUGUACAAUAGGCUACUGUAUAUUACAGUAUUUAGUUAUACGUUUAGUGAAGUGGUGCCAGGUUUAUUUAAACUUGUUUCUGUAUAGUACUGUUAAAAAGUACAAAUUUAAGAAGAGAACAUUAUUAAUGGAACACUAGUAUAAAAUUCUCUCACGGGAUCCUCUUUCCUUUCAUGGUUCUCCUCACAACAUUUUAUAAAAUUCCAUUGAAGGAAAAAAUUUUUCCAAGGUAAUAACAUAAUUCCUCAGAUAGCCUUUGUUUUGGAAACCUCCUGAGAUGUGGCUUUUAUGAUCAUCAUCUUAAGCUGCAGUCACACUAAAGUUUCCACCCGGAAUAAAUCCACCGUAGCGUCGAUUUUUCAGUGAACUCUUUAAGUUGUCUUUACAGCGACAACUUAUUUGUUGUCGAAAGUGGGACGAGCAUUUAAAAAAUCCACGGUAUGAUGGGUUGACAUUUGCUUUAGAGAGUAUUGUAUUACUAAAAUUUACACCAUUCUUAUUUUUUCUUAUUAAUGUUAAAAUGUACAAAAACUAUAAAGUGUAUUUCAGUAACAAAACACGAACAAAAAUGUCAUAGUAAAUAAAAAAUAAUAUUAAGAAGAAUACAUCACGACAGGAAUUUCAUUUGAUCGCAGUACUUGCGUCACCUUUGAAAACAAACAUUGCCUGGACACUACAAUCGUUUAUUUUUGUUCAAUCCAGAAUGCGACGCUUAGCUUUAACCUAGGUAUGUUAAUGCCUAGCAAUAACUCGCCAGGCCAACGUACAGGCAAG